AGAGGAAGCGGAAGAGAUAGAAUUUCUUGUCAUGUCGGCGGGCCUGAGAGAUGUAUCAUCAAGCGGUGAAGAUUCGGACUCUGAAAGCCGAAGGAGAAAACCUGCUGGUACGAGAUACCGCUGUCCUGCAGAUUUCAUUUCCUGCGCCUACAGGCCCUGUUCCAGCGCCCUGCUGGAGAACAUCUGUGGUGCUGAUGUGGAGUUGUGCCUCAUCAAGGCUCCGGCCUCCUUCGAUCCAAACAGCUUCUCUGGACUGAAGAUUCCUCUUAAGGGCCUCCAGACCCUCCAGGCUAAGGCUGGAAACCUGCAGACAGCUACCUACAAUGUCCUCAGCAACCCUGCAGGGGCUGUGGACAUGCAGCUACUCACAGCCAGCAGCUCGCUGAAUGGCAUGGUCUGUGGGCCAAGGUUUACUCGAAUUGUCAACAUUUGUGAGCGUUUUGGGGACAGCCUUGGUAAGCAGACCUUCACAGCCCUCCCAGCAGCACCAGCACCAUGCAUCCCUGAAGGGCUGAAGCAACGUUUUCACCCUUUUGGGAGUGGCAGCGCAACAGCCACUGCUUCCAUCCCUUCCUCCCGAAAGCAGAUGGGCUUGCAUGAGGCAGAGGGCAGAAAGAAAAAAGACAAAAAGAAGAAGAAGAAAAACAAAGCCAUCAAAAUGGAGGAGGAAGAAAAGCCGGUUUGGGAAGAGGACAGUAGUCAGUCACUUGAGGUGCUUCAGAAUCUGGAAGGAGAGGCAGUGGUGACAAGUAAGAAACGGAGGAAAAAGGAUAAGGAAAAGGGCAAAAAGAACAUGGAAGGACUGCAAACAGGUUUUUGCUUAAAGGAAGAAAGAAACUUGAACCUGUAAACAAUGAUUAAUAUAAAGAACAAAUCUCACUGAACCUGCAGCAAUGUACACUUUUUGUAAAAAUACUCAAUAUGCAGCUCAAAAUAAAGCAGUUUCCUUUGUUAUUGAAAUGUUACCGUGUGCAGUAGCCAACAGUAGGUGGGGAUGUUGUGUAACUUUUUAGCUGGCCUUUGUUGGAAAAAUAAUGCCUGUGUUAUCUAGCCUCCUGGUCUUGCUGAAGAAUAGCCAGGCGUGUUUACCGCAACACUGAGGAUCACACAUUCUCACAAGCCAUAGAAUAUUUCAGUGUUCCCUCUGCUUAUUCAGUGAAGGAAAGUGAGCCUUUGGACCCACAUCAGUAAAUCAGUGCUCAUCUACAUCAUCCCCUUUAAGUCUUUUGUAUCCAGAAUUUUCAUGUGUUAAACUCCGUUUUCAGGAAUGUCAUUUUUUCCCCCACCUUUUUGUUUAUAUGAAGUCGAAAGCUUCUACGUGACAUUUUCAUAAACAGUACGAUCUCCUAGCCUGUGCUCUACAUGCUGCUGAGAACAUUACAAACCGUUAAAUCAUCAAACAGACCCAAUUGAUAUUUUUA